GUUGAAGAUGUCUUCAAAGCCAGAUAAUUCAUAUGAAGGGCAAAUUGAAAACUUGCAGAAGCUUCGGGCAACCCUUGAAUUGGUCAAACAGUCCACUAAUAAUAUUUAUAAAGAUAUCCAGACAGUUCAUCUGAAUAACCAGCAGAUUAUGCAGCUGGCACAUACUACGGCCAAGCUUCUUGAUAACUUGGAGUGAGGUCUUUGACGCAUAUAGGGUGAGACUUUUUGUUUAUUGGUCUAUAUAUAAGAGAGAUGCAGAGUACAGUAUCAAGUCUUCUUGAUAACAGAUAUUUGGGGGAAAUACUUGUGAUAACCCGGUUGGAUAUGAAUUCUAUAGUCAUUAGCGUUAAAGUUAGGUUCUUGUAAAGUCUUGAUUAGAUUGGUUAAUUGAAUUGAUUGGAAAACACAGGUUUUAGC